AUGAGCGACCAGAUCCGCAUCGUUGGCCUUGCUGGGGAGCUGUGUUCUGUACAGCUACCAGUUGAUGCCACCUUGCAGGAGCUGAAGUCGAAAAUCGACGAUGCCCUGGGAGUUCCCUGCAACCAGCAGCGCCUCAUCCAUGGCUCAGAGGAGCUACAAGAUCUCGGCCCAACGCGGCCGGUGGAGCUGUGCUUGCUGCGCCUAGCCCCUCAACUGGACGAGGAGGAAAAACUGCAGUGGUCGCAGCAGCUGGAGAAGGAUGGUAUGGAGCUUCUCUAUGCCCCUGAAGCAGUGCAAGCAGACAGAGAGCUUGUGAUGACAGCAGUGUGCCAGGCCGGCGAUGCCUUGGCGAUCGCCUCUGAAGAUCUGAGAGGCGAUCGGGAGCUGGUGCUCCAGGCGGUCAGUCAAAAUGGUUCUUCUUUGACGUAUGCGUCCGCAACCUUGAAGAGCGACAAGGAGGUGGUCCUCGCUGCGGUUCGCCAGUGCGGUUUGGCCCUUCGCCAUGCCGCCAGCGAACUGCGAAGGGAUUGGGACGUGGCCAUGGCGGCAGUACGGCAGAACGGCUAUGUGAUCUCAGAUGCCGCGUUCGAUCACAGUUUGCGGGAGGAUGCCCGCAUUGCGCUGACAGCUGUUUCCUACGAUGGCUGUACCCUGAAGCAUGUGGCCGUGAACCUCAGGAAAGAUCGCUCCAUCGUUCUGGCGGCCGUGAAAUCCAACGGCAACGCCAUCCUAUGGGCAGAUCCAAAGUUUCGAUCUGAUCGAGAGGUCAUGCUCUCUGCAGUGCGCUACCAUGGCACUCUCCUGCGCUGCGCUUCCGAGGAGCUUCGCAGUGAUCGCGAUGUCGUAUACCAGGCAGUUCUGGGCCAUGGCUAUGCACUGUCAUACGCAUCACAGUCUCUGCGCGAAGACCAGGAGUUAUCCUCUCUGGCUGCUCGCCCCCAUUGCCACAUUCCGGUUCGGGUUGAAAACGGCAAGAUCAUUUACAUCGAGGCUGCCAAUCUGAAAUCCAACGACUACUAUGAAGUCCUGGGUGUGGCUCGUGAUGCCAGUGAGUCGGAGAUCACGAAGGCCUACAGGAAGCUGGCUCAGAAGCACCACCCUGACAAGAACAUUAACAGGAAGCAGCAGGCGGAGGAAGAGUUCAAAUGUAUCGCGGAAGCGUACGAAGUCCUGACUGACCCCGAGAAGAGGAAGAACUAUGACCAGUUCGGUAAGGAAGGCUUGCAAGGCGGCGGCAAUCCCGGGGCCGCCAACAUGUCUCCAGAUCAGGCUGAGAUGUUUUUCAAGAUGUUUGGUGGUCAACCAGGAGGGGGCACCACCCGCGUGGUUUUUAGUGGCGGACCUGGUGAAGGUAUGGAUGUGGAUGGCAUUGACCUCUCUGAGAUUUUCAUGUCCAUGGGCCUUGGGGGCUGUGGGGGCAUGCGUGGCAUGGGCGGCAUGGGCGGCAUGGGUAGCAACAUGGGCGGCAUGGGCAACGGCUUUGGCUUCGGCGGCAUGCCCGGGAUGAAUGGCAUGAAUGGCAUGGGAGGCAUGGGAGGCAUGGGAGGCAUGGGCACCUCCCACAGUUCUCGCCGAAGUCAGGGCCGUGGGAUCAUCAAAGCAGGUGAGAUGGUGAUCGUUCACAGCUUAAACAAGGCCAAGGAGCACAACGGCAAGCGAGGUCAUGUCAGUGGCUUUGAUGCCCAACGUAGCCGCUACGAAGUCCGCCUUGAGGACGAGCCUCAAGUGAUCCAUGUGCGUCCAGAAAAUUUGACCCAACAGUGCAGCGUGAAGGUGCAUGGUUUGACCAGCAGGCCGGAGUUGAAUGGCAAGACUGGACAAAUUGUGGGCUUUGAUGCACAGAAAGGCCGCUACUCCGUGCUGGUUCAGGGAGGACAUGGUCUUGGAAGUGCCCCAACCUCAGUUUUGGAGGUGAGCUUGCAGGGAAGAAACUGCAUCCUGAAGACUGGGACCUGUGUCCGGCUGUCUGGCCUCAACAAGGCCGAGCUCAAUGGCUCUAGGGCCGAGGUCAUGGAGGUAGAUGUGCCAGCUGGGCGGUACCUGGUGCACCUUCAGAAUGGCAAGCAGAUCAAG